AUGCGGAUCCGCUACCCAUUUGCGGGCGCCUUUGUCUUCCUCAUCAUUCUUGCAGCUUACGUCGGCCUCCUCCCACACAGUACCGCCUCUGCGAUCCCAGAAAAACUCCAGCCAAAUGACAAAUUCCUCCAUCUCGUAACCUUCUUCUUCCUCUCUAUCGCUUUCUACUGGAUCCCGGAUACCUCCCGUCGACGCACGCUACAAUUGAGUUUAAUCGUGUGCACACUCGCGCUGGGCGUUGGAUCCGAGAUCAUCCAAGCCCUCCUCCCCAACGGCCGCGACUUUGAUGCCUUUGACGUCCUCGCCAAUGUUGUCGGGAGUCUAGGGGCCAUCGGCCUGUGUGGCUGGUACCAUCGGCGGAUGCUCGAACGGCGGCGCAAGGCCCGAUUCGGAGCAUUGGGAGAUGACCCGGAAGAUGUCGAGCUUGGAGAUAGGUCCGGAUUGACCAGAGAAGACGAGCAUGAGGAUGGUGGACUUGGGCCGCAGGAAUCCGGCGUCAUGUCAUUAGAACAGGAGGUGGAUAAUUGGGAUGAGAACGCCGUUGACAACUGGGAUACGGAAGAUGUCGCCGAUGAAGGCCAGAAGUCCGAUGGGAAGAAGCGCGGAGAUUGA